UUCAUCAAGCAACACAUACCAAUCCUCUACUUCUCUCACUUCAAAAUAACAGCCAUGAACUACUUCCAACUUCUAUCUCUCGCGGGUCUCGCCGCGGCCAACGACGCCCUUCUCCAAAAUCCUUCUAUUACUUCGACGAUCACCACCGACUCAGAUGGUUCCCUCCACACUAUUAUCCCAAUGGUCAUGACGGACCUCGCCACUUUGACUUCUACUACAACUGUGACAACAACCAUCACCGAAUUCACCGAUGACUCCCUAGCUACACCUACCCACACUAUUGCCGUCCAGCCCUCGGGAAUUUGGUGGAGAGAUGGUCUGGUUGGACCUCCAAUUCCUAUACCUUCAUUCGCAUCGAAUCCAGAGGCGACAUCUAGUUCCAAUCUCCCCCCGCCCCCCAUCAGUUCACAGAGCCCCACGUCGUCUCCGAGUGGUGGAAGCCCGCCUUUACCGCCUCCCGUGAAUUCGGAAAAUCCAGAACAGUCUUCGAACAGCGAUGGUCCACUACCACCACCUCCAAAUACGGGAUCUCCUCCUGCACCACCCCCAAACACAGAUACACCACCUUCUCCACCCGCGCCUGAAGAUACAGGGUUCCCGCCUCCGCCGCCACCUGGGAAUACAGUGAAUCCACCACCUGGGAAUACAGUAAAUCCACCCCCUGGGAAUACAGUGAAUCCACCCCCUGGGAAUACAAAGAAUCCACCACCUGAAAAUACAGGGAAUUCACCACAACCAUCCGGAAAUCCUGCUGGAACCGGUCCGCUAACAGGCCCGAAUCCAACACCUGGACCGGUGUUGAACCCCACCGGGCCUCAGCCGCCAGUUGCUCCAGAGCCCACUGAACCGCCUGAUUGUAAGGACGGCGGACCCGCAACAAAAUGUCUGCAAAAAUGCUCCUUUACUGACAAGCCUGCGCCCACAACUUCAUGCAAAGAUCCAGUCUGUGUGACCGCGCUGCCCGAAGUCAUUAGUUCGUGUAGCCAGACUGAAACUACAUCAAAGAUAUUCGAGACAUCAUCAUCUGUAUUCCGAUGCUCCAAAGGAACCGACAUCCCCUCAGCUGGUGAACCCGUUCCUCGUCCCACAACAUGUCCAGCUUCAAGCAAAAAGAAGCGCACUGUUGUCACUCCUCAGGACUAUUUGGACCAAGGCAAGGAUAUAAACGUGUUCAUCAAAGAGCAAAUGGAUCGUGUGCGCCAGCAAGGCAACCUUGUUCCCCUAGCUGGUCGAGGCCCGAACAACGCCAUGGGAGCCAUCUCGUCAAGCAGGCAAUUCGAUCUUGGUAACCAAGCUUUCGAUGCAGGAGUGUCAGGUCUGCAUGGCUGCACCUCCGUUGUAGUCAUUGCCCAAAGAGCGAUUUGGAUAUCGCAUCUUUGGGAAAUUCCCGGCUUCAUCAACACGUUCAUUGACCCGGAUACCGGCCUAAGUAUUGGUCCUGCUGGAGAUUUCGCGCUUACCAGCCAGGAGUUCGAAGACCGUAUUCUAAACUUCUUCGUAGAUGGGGAUAUGACAGAGAACUUUCCACGAAUCAAAACUGCGCCAAACGAUGUGUUCGGUGUCGCCGAUGAGAUUCGAAAAGUGCUAAUUAUUCACCCUCGCAUGGACACUGGUUCUCCGGCAGGAGAUUUAAGAUAUCCUGAGAAGGUCGAACAGAUUGCUGAACGACUCCGAAUUCUGAUGCCCAGCUCGAAUCCAGAGACAGUAGACUAUAUUGCCAUCGAUCCAGGCAAUGCUAUGCACAAAGAUAAGCACGGUACAGUUCUUGUUCAGUAUGACCCAAAUCAGAAGUUCAUAGGGGAAUCGAAUAAUCAAGCUCUUGUCAGAGUAUAUCUGCAAGGCGAUCAACUUGGUGAAGACAUCACCUGGGACCCUCUUCCCAACCAGCGCCGGAAAAAACGCGACCUUUUCGCAAGGCAAGAUGCCGAUCCAUGUGCCGAUACACCGCCUCCUAGCACCAUGAUAACAGUCACGAGUCCUCCCCCGUCAUCUACUCCUCCGCAAACAGAAACCCCCUCACAACCAACCUCCACGUUGCCUUCAGUUGUGCCAAACAAAUUCAAGAUUCGAAUUCACCAGAACGUCGGAGGUGAAAAUUCGGUGGAGUGGACUCUUUUGGAUUCUAAUGGUCAGAAUACUGUCGCUGGACCGGAUACAUCCAAUAAUAUCCCAAAGGGCAGAGACGGCAACACGAGAAGCGAAAUCGGAAUCGAAGUCAUGGAACCUGGAAACAAAGAUAAGACAAGAAUUGUGUUCACGAUGAAGCAAGACAUUGGUGAUGGGUGCAUGCCUACUUGGGACAUCGCACCGAGCAGUGGAGAGGAGACCUCGUUCGUGCAAGCCUGUAAGAACGGUGUCGCCAGUCAGUACGGAUGUGAUGAUCCCAAGACGGUCACGUGGAAUCAAAUAGAAGGUGGUUUUGAUAGGACAUUUGAAUGCCGGUGGUUAGAUGUUUCCAAGGUUACAGUUGGGUUGGGCUAG